UUUUGGGUUUCAACCGACUAGCCUUUGCGGCAGUAGCUAGCCAGCUAGUUACUUUUUAAUCGGGGGAAAGGUUGUUUCUAGUCUACCUUCACGCCGCGGAGUUGUUUUGUUAGAAGACAAACGGUUUUCACAGUGUCCAGUCCACGAUGAAUCCCGAAUAUGACUAUUUAUUCAAGCUGCUCUUGAUUGGUGACUCUGGUGUUGGAAAGUCUUGCCUUCUUCUCCGAUUUGCAGAUGACACAUACACAGAAAGCUACAUUAGCACUAUCGGUGUGGACUUUAAAAUAAGAACUAUAGAAUUAGACGGAAAGACCAUCAAACUUCAAAUCUGGGAUACAGCAGGGCAGGAGAGGUUUCGCACAAUCACAUCCAGUUACUACAGAGGAGCACAUGGCAUCAUUGUAGUCUAUGAUGUUACCGAUCAGGAGUCCUUCAAUAAUGUUAAACAGUGGCUACAGGAGAUUGACCGCUACGCCAGUGAAAAUGUUAACAAGUUAUUGGUUGGCAACAAGUGUGACUUAACAACAAAAAAAGUUGUGGACUACACAACGGCAAAGGAAUUUGCUGAUUCCCUUGGCAUUCCUUUCUUGGAAACUAGCGCUAAGAACGCCACCAAUGUGGAGCAGGCCUUCAUGACCAUGGCUGCCGAGAUCAAGAAGAGAAUGGGCCCCGGAGCCACAGCUGGAGGCGCUGAGAAGUCUAACGUGAAGAUCCAGAGCACUCCAGUGAAGCCUGCAGCUGGAGGCUGCUGCUGAGGACCCCUCGACCCCCUUCACCUCGGCCCCUGGAUCUUGGAGCAAGAGCCCCCACAAUAGGAGAAAGAAAGGGGGAUAGAUCAUUUGUAAUGGAGCAAAGAGUGAAUAUGGAGAAUAGAAAGAAUAAAAGAGAGUGUGAAACAGGCAACAAUUUAAGUGACCCAAGUUGUACUGUAUGUAGCCGCACUACCAAAAACAUUCAAAAAUCUGCUCUCAACGAUUUUAAAUCCUCUGUGUGCAGGUUUCUAAGAAUAAUGUGUGUAUUUAUCUCACUGCAUUCCUACUGCAGGGCUGGUCUGUGGUCAAAAUUCAAUGACAUUUUCUUUUUCUGUCCUUUUCCUUUCUUACUUUGUUCUUACUUGUUGAUUAUUUUACUGUUUAUAUUUGCAUGUGUAGGUUUCUGUCCCCACGGAUUGUUUUGCCGUUCUGUUGCGAUCAACCGGGCAGCGGUGGUUCACAGUCCUACAUCUGUUUAGUGAAAUAUAUGUACAUAUACACUAUGUAUAUAUAUGUAAGAUCUGAAUUGACAGCUCUGUAGAGUUACAUACAUGAUUCGAGUAGUUUUACCUUCUUUUGCAUUUAAGUUGUGGCUGCAGACUCUUGUAGUUUUGUUGCGCGAUGUGUAACAAGUUCACAAAAAUAUAAAUAACUAUUGUACGACCAUACUGUACAAUAUCAGUAUGUCUACGAUUCUUGGUGGGACAUGUAGAAACCCUUUGUUUUAUUUAUUCAACAUUUAUAUGCAAAUAUAUUGUUCCAUUAAUAUACAAUCGCUCGAUAUUGGCCAUUUACCUGCGGAAUGCAUUGAAAGCAACAAUCUCACAAUUGCAUAUGUGACUCAAACACUAUGUUCUCUUUUUCAUAAUAAAGGCAAAUGAAUUCAUUUUUUGAAUGAACUCUGAAACCGUU